AUGGGGUCACUGGAGGAGUCAGAUUGGGCAUGGCUUCCGAAGAACUUAAUAGAUAUGAUUCUGGAAAAUUUGGUUUCACUUUCUGAAUUUGUUCGAUUUGGUGCGGUUUGCAAACCAUGGCAGUCUGUGGCAAUGGAGAACAAACUUAAAUUUGUUCAAAAUAAGUUUUCCACACAAGUUCCAUUCUUGAUAGUGCCUUUGAAAGAUAAUAAUGUCACCGAACGACGCAGUCUAUACAACAUUACUCAUAAUAAGCUGUAUGAUUUUCAAUUACGGGUACCUUACAAAGAGAGGCUUUGUGGUUCCUCACAUGGUUGGCUGAUUGGUAUAGAAAAAUCCUCGAGCGUAAGUCUAAUGAAUCCGUUCUCUGGCUCUACAAUAGAGCUUCCUCCAAUUGAUAGUGUGGUCUCAACAAGCAUAAAUCUGAUUUCCUUUGAAGUUACAAAAGUUAUAUUGUUGCCGCCAUCUAUGGCAUUAGUUCUACCCUGGCAUUUAUUCGGGCAGGAGAUGAAGCUUGGACUUGCAUAG